CCUUUCUUUUCUUUUCUCCCGUUUAUCCGAACACACCUGCGAGUCUUCGAAAGACAUCGCAAGAAGAGGGAGAGAAGGGAGAGAAAGAAAGAGAGAGAGAAUCGAGAUGGCUCAGAGCUGUGAGACGACGGUGAGAAACGCAGAGAAAUUGGUGGAAUCAGCAAUGAAAGGUAACGAUGCCUCACACGACGCUGCCCACGUUUUCAGGGUUCGAGACCUUGCUGUCUCACUCGCCCGCGAGGAGGGUCUCACUUCUUCUCCAGAUUCCAUGGAAAUUGUAGAGCUUGCUGCUCUUCUCCAUGAUAUAGGAGACUACAAAUACAUGAGAGAUCCAUCUGAAGAGAAAAUUGUUGAGGAAUUUCUUGAGGAUGAGGGCAUAGAGGAGAGCAAGAGGAUGAAGAUAUUAAGUAUCAUAAAGGGAAUGGGUUUCAAAGAGGAACUUGGAGGGGUUGCAAAUGGUAAUUAUUCCGUAGAAUUCGGGGUUGUGCAAGAUGCUGAUCGUCUUGAUGCAAUUGGUGCUAUUGGAAUUGCUCGCUGUUUUACAUUUGGUGGAAGUAGGAAUAGAGUGCUGCAUGAUCCUGAAAUUAAGCCUCGAUCAGAUUUGUCUAAAGAACAAUACAUGAAGAAAGAGGAGCAGACUACCGUAAAUCAUUUUCACGAGAAGCUUCUGAAGCUGAAGGAUUUAAUGAAAACAAAGGCUGGGCAGAGCAGGGCCGAGAAAAGGCACAAGUUCAUGGAGGAGUUCUUGAAGGAGUUCUAUGAAGAGUGGGAUGGGAGGGCUUGAACAAGGUAUUCUGUAAUCUGUUACCCUGAAUGAUAUUAGUAUAUCCUCCACAACAGAAUUGCUCUUAAACUGUCUAAAUGUUUAACAAUGUUAAACUUGAGCAACUUGGUUUGACUAUUGCACUUGAAGAUGCAAUCAAUUGCUCAUUUCUGUUUGACUUGAGAAAUGUUAUGUUUCUAUUUAUAUAUAUAUGUGCUUAAAAUAAUGGAUUUGCUUGCA